UUGCUCCGUCACACAGCGCAGAUCGCAGAGGAAAUAGCAGAGAGACCUUCACAGUCCGGCUGAGAAAAGGGAACGGCCGUUAGAACACACUAUACCGGAAUGUUUACCCCUCUGACGCGGAUUCGUUUGCCCUGAUGGGAUUUAUAAACAUCUGAUGUAACCAAAAACAAACAAGGAAAGGAGAGAGGAAAUCUGACAGGGGCCGGAAUGGAAAUCAGGCGCCGAGAGCCGGGCCGGGCAGUCACACGGCAGGUACUGUUGUUUCCCUUCUUAUUGUCUUUGUUAUGCCGGGCGGUGUCGGAGCAGAUUCGUUAUUCCCUACCUGAGGAAAUGGCCAAAGGUUCCCUUGUGGGGAAUCUCGCCAAGGAUUUGGGAUUAAAUACCAGAGAACUGGAGCAGCGGAAGCUCCGUGUCAAUUCGGAAAAGCAAUAUUUCAGUGUGAAUGGGGAAAAUGGCAACCUGUAUGUGAAUGGCAGGAUAGACCGGGAGGAGAUAUGCGGGGAGACACCCGUUUGUGUCCUGACACUCGAAACGGUGGUGGAAAAUCCUUUGAAUGUUUUCCAUGUGAAUGUAGCAAUCCAGGACAUUAAUGAUAACGCCCCACGAUUCAUCAAGAGUAACACUGGUUUAGAAAUCAAUGAGUUAGCACUACCGGGUACGCGAUUUCAAUUGGAAUCUGCUCAAGAUCCAGAUACGGGGAUCAACUCAGUGCAGAGUUACCAACUCAGCAAGAGCCCGCAUUUUACCCUGGCUGUAAAGGAGAGCCCGGAUGGAAAUAAAUAUCCAGAAUUAGUGCUGGAAAAAUCUUUGGAUCGCGAAAAGCAAAACUCUCAUCACUUGAUCCUGACGGCCGUGGAUGGCGGAGAUCCAGUCAGAUCCGGCAUUGCUCAGAUUAGGGUUAAUGUCACUGAUGCCAAUGACAAUCCCCCCGUAUUUACUGAGGAGAUCUACAAAGUCAGUGUGAGGGAAAACCUGCCUCGGGGCUCCUUAGUGCUUCAGGUGAAAGCCGCUGAUAAGGAUGAAGGGUUACAUUCCCAAAUCACAUACGCAUUCAGCAAUACUCCGGAAAAUGCUCGUAAAGUAUACCAUUUAGAUCCCGACAACGGCAGAAUUACAAAUAUAGGGAAUCUGGAUUUUGAAGACACACAUAAAUACAUGUUGGGGGUAGAAGCCAGGGACGGGGGUGGGCAAACAGCUCAAUGUAAAGUUCAGAUAACGAUACUUGACGAAAACGACAAUGCCCCGGAAGUGACGUUUACAUCCGUGUCCAGCCCGGUAGCUGAAGACUCAGUGCCCGGGACAGUGAUAGCUCUGAUCAAAGUUCGUGACCAGGAUACGGGAGAAAACGGAGAAGUCACGUGUCACAUUCAACACAAGUUGCCUUUUAAAAUAGCGGUUUCGUCAAACAGUUACUACAAGCUCCUCACAGACAGCCCCCUGGACAGGGAAAGGACCCCGGAAUACAAUAUCACAAUCACCGCCACAGACAAAGGCUCUCCCCCUCUCUCCACGCAGAAAACCAUCCUGUUGCAGAUCUCGGAUAUCAAUGACAACGCCCCUGUCUUUGAGAAACCUUCCUACACCGCCUAUGUGCCAGAGAACAAUCCCCCGGGGGCCUCUAUUUUCAGUGUAGAAGCCUCAGACCGCGAUCUGGACCGGAACGCCCGAGUCACUUACUCCAUCCUGAGCAGCAGCCUCCAGGAGGUGCCUCUCUCCUCCUACAUCUCCAUUAACUCCCAGACCGGAGCUAUCUAUGCCCAGCGCUCCUUCGACUACGAGCAAUUCCGGGAGUUUGAAGUGCAAGUGAAGGUCCAAGACGGCGGGUCCCCGCCUCUCAGCAGCAAUGUCACCGUCAGAGUGUUUAUUCUGGAUCAGAAUGAUAACGCCCCUCGCAUCCUGUACCCUUCCCUGGGAGCCGAUGGCUCCGCCUUGUUCGAGAUGGUCCCUCGCUCGGCCGAGGCAGGUUAUCUGGUGACUAAGGUGGUGGCGGUGGAUGCUGACUCAGGACACAAUGCCUGGCUCUCCUACCAUCUGCUCCAGGCCACGGAACCGACGCUGUUCAGCAUGGAACUGCACACCGGUGAGAUCCGGACAGCCCGCGCCUUUGCGGACAGAGAUGAUGUGAAGCACAGAUUGGUCACCCUGGUGAAGGACAAUGGGCAGCCGCCUCUCUCCUCCACAGUGACACUCAACCUGGUGUUUGCUGAGAACUUCCAAGAGGCUCUUCCAGAAAUGAGCGAUCAAUCUGGCGACUUCACAUCUCAGUCUGAUUUACAGUUUUACUUGGUGCUGGCUUUAGCUUUGAUCUCAUUUUUGUUCCUCCUGACAGUUACACUGGCCAUUGUGAUGAAAUUGCGAAGGUCAGGAAAUCCCAAAUUACUUCAGUGUUUUGGUCCUGACCUUUAUCCAAAGACCGGCUCUGUGUUCCCACCAAACUAUGAAGAUGGGACUUUGCCUUACACCUACCAGCUGUGUUUGUCCUCAGAGUUAAAGAAUAAUAAAUGUACCUUCCUGAAACCUAAUGCCCAGAUAACAGAGAAUAUUCUGUGCAGUGACAACUCCUGGAUGUCAUUUAUGGGCAAUGGAGCUAGUAGCAGUUUACAUGGUGGGACGGAAACUACUGUGGAGCAAGCUCAGCCUAACCCGGACUGGCGUUUCUCUCAGGCCCAGAGACCUGGAACCAGUGGCUCUCAGAAUGGAGAAGAAGGUGGAGCUUGGCCAAACAACCAGUUUGAUACGGAAAUGCUUCAAGCCAUGAUUCUGGCAUCAGCAAAUGAAGCAGCUGAUGGGAACUCUACACUGGGAGGAGGAGCUGGCACUAUGGGCCUCAGCACCAGGUAUGGCCCCCAGUUCACACUGCAGCACGUCCCUGACUACAGGCAGAAUGUGUACAUCCCCGGCAGCACUGCCACCCUCUCCAACUCCUCAGGUAAACGAGAUGGGAAGAGCUCAGGCUCUUCAGGUGGAAACAAGAAGAAGUCUGGGAAGAAGGAGAAGAAGUAGAAUUGACAGACCAUCAGCAGCUUAGACCUACAGGGCAGACCCCUCCAGCACUCCCCCAAAUCACAGCCUAGGAUAGAGGACGAAUGUGAAUUUUGUGAUGAAAAAGCAGGAAGUACUACGAAUGUAUGUCAUCAUCAGAGCUAGGAGUAGGGGCUCCUACUAUUAGUCCUCGUGAUGAAAAAUAAUUGGAAACAAAACAAAACAAAAACCAAGUGCCCUGUUAAUACUAAUGUUUUUUACUAUCACUUGGGUAAUUUAAUGUGCAAGGAUGUAAAAUCUUUUAAACAUGUCUUCGGAUUUGGUUUUCUCCAGAAUGGCCCAAGAAAGCCAUGAGGCUUGUACUUGGCUUUGCCCAGUGUAAAUAAUUGUAACAUGGAUUUUUUUUUAAUUUAUAUACCUUAGAUCAUUUUCAACAAAAAAAAAGUUCCCCAGAUUAAAACCCAUGUUCCAUAUUUUGAUAUUUAACUUUCCAUUAGUGAAUCUGACCCUGAGUAACCUUGAAAUGGAUUCCUAGUUACGAAGUUGGUAGGGAGUGCUUCGGUUCCUGUUUACCUAUUAUCCUAAAAGAAAUAAGUGUUUACACUGCAUGAGCCUAUGGGAAUAAGGCUAAGAUGCAUUUUAAACAUUAUUUUUUAAGUGUGACCAGUGAUGGCCUGAAAUAUGAAACAAAAAUCAUGAUAUCUGAGAGACAGGGAAUGCAUUGAAACUGCAGUGGAAAAGAUCUAAGUGCAGAGCAUUCCACUAGCAUUAUUGAGCUAUACAAAACAUGUCCAUAUUGAUUUAGAGGCCACUAAAGAGCAAAUUCAUCUCCUCAAUUCUUUGCAGUAAAUAUUUAUAUGUAUAGUUAAUGUUUUCCUGGAACUAAAGUUAAGAAAGUCUAAGUCCCCUGCUGUGAGAACAAGGAGCUACAGUUCCUUAAAGCAAUGAAAUAGCUAAGUCCAUACCAAGGAAUGAUAUUAUCAGAGAAUAAACUCUGAUCUAUUUGUAUGGAAUAGAGACUGAAUGCUUCACAUUUCUGCACAUUGAACUGCAUGCAAAAUACUCACCUCACAUCUACAGUAGGACAGCUAACUCCACCAGAUCUAGGGAAGUCAUCAUUGCAUGCAUGUACAGCAUGGUGUAAAUACACUGUCAGAUAAGUGAGUCUCAGUGCAGGCCAAGCAGUGUCUAUCUGGGAGUGGGGUUCAGUAAUAAGUGGCACAAUGUGUUAUAAAGAGUCGUUGCUCUGGCCUAGAGCAGUGAUAAGAUUUGCACAUUCCAUGUCUAUGCAGAGCAGCCAAGGAACAGCCUUUGUUCAUUGGCCUUCAGAACUGGAUACUCAGUAAGUGACAGCUGAUUUGAUGGACCAAGGGACCGUAUUCACAGAUAAGGGACCCAAGAACUGGAGCUGAGCACAUGCCACUCACUGCAAAGCCAGUGAGCCUGAGAGCUGCUCUGGAGAUGCUCACAGGAAGGCCCAGGUCAGUCAGGUGACUAAGAGGUAGGAUUCUAAUACCGUGAAGGAUACUGCCGGGCCACGCACUCUUUCCAGCCCAGACUGUAACUGUACACAAGCAAUUAGAUGUGACUCAAAAUCCACUGGAUUUAGUCAGAAAUAUGGACAAGACUUUGCCUUGUUGUUGGUACCACUGGUAUUGGGAUUUUUACCACAUAGAUAGAAUAGGAUUGUCAGGAAGUAGGGUCUCUCCACUAUGUGCCCUUUGUAGCUAUGUACUCUGCUCACUGUUGGUCCAGACACAGCAAAGAGAGUGUGCAGUGUGCCCUUACAAUCAAGUCAGCUUGGCAUCGAGUCCCCGCAAGCACCUAGUCAGUGAGGAAGGCUGUAUUGUACCCUUAAGCCCCUCUUCAGCUAGAGAAGGAGGAUGCCCUUUACACUGGACUGGCUUCCCAUAUCAAAGUAAGUGGGAUGGACCUGGGAAGGCAAGGACAAAGAUACAGGGAUAGCGAUGCCAGGAUUGUUUUAACUUCUAAUGAAUAACUCACCUGAGAAGAUCCAGCCUUCUAUGAUCACUCAGGUUAAACUUUCUCCAAGCAGCCAGUGUGCUUGCCUGGCCUGACGCAGCCCAGCCUCCGGCAGUAUUCACCAGAGCAUUGUGCACUAACUGAUGCCUCGUUAGCCAAUUGCUAUCUCCUUGUGUCUAGAGAAACAGAACUUGUCUAUGCGAAGAACUUGUCUGUGUAUGAUUUUUGUACUGAUCCCAGUCACCCUCUGUGGUGGCUGCACUAGAAACAGUUUACACAGUUAGUAAGGCUUAUACAAACUAAUGUAGUUAUUAUGUGACCCUUCUAGAAGUACUGUAGAUGAAUUGUAGUGUUUAUAUUUCCUUUUAAUCAGCAAUCAGAAGUAGUGUAGAGAGUGUUUUGUACUAGUGGUGUGUUAUUUUUAUCUCAGUAAAUAACUUGUGGACAUCAGUAUUUUCAAUUUCUCUUUAUCUUCUUUCUGUGUGAUCUGUGCUCUAAGUGUAUGUGAACUGAAACACACUUGUCCUUUCAAUGUGUCUAAUAUUGAAUUAUACUUAUAUAUUAUAUAAAUGCUUAUAUCCUUCUUAUAUCCAUAUAGACCAAUGUCCAAUGUGCUACACGCAAGUUUUAUACUCUAAUAUUUAUAUUGCUUUUCUUCUUUGGGAAAAAAUAAUAAAAUGGUUUCUUCUGAA